AUGACCAAGCACAAAUCACUCCAAGAUACACCCAUGGUAUCUUUGGAUGACGCGAUCAGACAGGAGACACCCGCCAAAAAGUUGGCUUCCGAGAGCCCAGUGGCUCACCCUGCUUCCGUGUCGGUACAAUAUCAGCUCGCGGGGGGUGUUCGAUCAUGCACCAAGCCACUGACAAGAGGAGAAGACCUCGAUUCGCUCGUCGUCAAGAUCGCACGAGCACUACAAAUACCGCUCUACGGAACUUCCAUCCGGCUAGCUCAUGUGAGAAAGGAUGGAACAGAGGGUGAUAUCUACGAUGAAUAUGACUUUCAGGCAUUCCGGGAAAGGGCACUGGCCUCUAGCCAACCUCUGAUAGUCAAAGUUUACUCGGCGUCUUCCAGCGUUCGUCCCAUGGAACCUUUCACACCCGAUCCAGUCAGGUCAGUAGCGUCAUCCGCGGCGAAAGGAAGUAGCCUGUCCGACUCUAUCUUUAAAGUCCCGACCAUGAAGAAAAAGCCGGAGCACAAAGCCAUGCUGGCAAACGACGAUCAUACCCCGAGGGCGACUCCAAAAUCAGCCUUGUCAACCCCUUCCAUUCAAGAAAUCAAGACAUCGGAUGCCGUUGCCCUUCGAACACCGGGUAGUGGAUCGGGGACUGUAUCGCGGAAGCGACGCCGGAAAAGAAAGAGUCAAGCCGUUCACGAGCCGACUUCCCUCGACAUCCCUCAUGUGCGCCACGUAUCCCCUGCCAGAACAAAUGCUACACCGUUGCCACCUGGGGCUAGAGAAAGAACUGUCGCAGUCUCUCCGGCACUUCCACGUGAGCAAUCACUCAUUCCUUCCUCACCGGAUUUGAGAGGAGUCACGGAUGAACCUUCGGACGAUCUCGAACAGCCAUCUACAAGUGAUCCCAUUUCUCCUGUACAGGUCGAUGAUACUUCCCCGAUAGCUGCAACUCCUGACCGUGUCAGUUCGUCGGCCACUCCCGAUAUCGAGAGGCCCGUCCAUGAGCCUGCUUCCGAGGCUCUUCCUGAGCCGACUCUCGAACCCGCCCUCAAAUCUGCGCCUGUCAUGCCGAUCCUGGCUCCUGUUGCCAUGCCACCUCCAGAGACGGUGGAGCAUCCCUCAAGUCGCGCUAGCACACCGUUGCUAUCAUCUGAUUUAUCAUCCGAUAUUUCAGAUGCCGAGACUCCUUCAACGAUCGCUCGUGAUGGAUCCAGCGCACCUUCAGGGAGAUCUCAUGUCGACGAAAAAGUCGAAGAAUCCAGCAAGCCUGUCACGACGAGCGAAGAGAUUUCAGCUGCUGUGACCGAAACACCUGCAGGUGUUCGACUAUCAGAGUCUCAUCCACAUCCACUAUCCCUUUCUCUUUUCUCCCCAUACAGCAUCUUCUUCCGAGACCAACAGCUCUUGUCCAUUCGUCAUCCCAGAAUGUCGUCUUCUUCCAUCGACCCCCCGGUAAAGAGGUUGUUGAAGCGCAAUGAAGAGCAGAUGCUAAGUUCGGACGAGGAUGAAAAUAAGGAGGUACCGCGGAAGAAAAGGAGAAAUAGGACUAAGAGGAAGGCUUCGGCGGAACCCUCAGGAUCGGAUCCAGUCAUCGAAGAGCCGGGUCCUUCGGAAUUUCCUAGCGAGAAGGUUGUCGGCACUGACGUGCGAGUGUCGGACCCGCCUCAAACUUUGCCGAGCAAGGCGAAACAGAAAGCCGGGCAGAAAUUAUCGACGACAUCUCCGAAAGAGGCCCUGGCGGGAGGAAAAUCGACUGAAGACGCACCUGCGGACUUGGCCUCUAAGAAACGCUCGCGCAAGCCAAAAGCUGCCUUGACUGUUGAUGCGGACAAAGCUAAUACUCUUCAAGCACCGACUACCAAUACCCCUCUCACCUCGGCCAUCAGUCCUAUCGAACAGUUUCCCAGUCCCCCCACCGCAGAACUCAAUAACGUCAGCGCUUCAUCCACAAAAUCAGGACAGUCCAAACUCGGUAAACCGGCCCUGCCCGCCAACGUCGGACCUCGCAGUGUCAAAGCUGCACAUGCUCGAAUGGCGUAUCGUGCCGCUUGUGUCAUUUGCGGUGAAAUCCCUAUACAUCUUCAAAAAGACUGUCCAAUCGUCAAACAAGGUGUCGACGCUCUACGUGGCAUUUUGAUACAACGUAAAACGGAGCCGGAUGUCGAAGGUGGCGUCAAAUCUGCUUCAAUCGACGCGAUAGAGAUGUGGAUACGUCGUCUCACCAAGAUCAAAUCCAAAGUGACUGGGACGGUCACUCCAACGGCUAUGGCAUCUGUCUUGGACUCGUCGGUAGCUGAAGUUUUGCAGAAACGACAGGAAAGAUCUGGGAGUGGUUCUAUGGCAGCAGUUUCUGCCCAGCUAGGACCGGAAGAACCAGUAGAGAUUGUAGACGCCAAUUCGAAUAGGCCCGAGACGACUCCACCUUCUCCCCUUGUCAAUGAGCCCAAGCGGUCUCCAUCUCCUCAACGGGCUAUCCUAUCACCAAUUCUCCACAAAGCCCAAGCAUUAGCUCGCAAGGCAGGAUCGAUGUCAGGUUGGAGCGUCUCAGAUGCCGUCAUUGAGACGGGUGCCUCGGAAUCUGACUCGGAGACUUCCGACCUCGGAGGGACCUCGGACGCAGACGAAGACCCAGUCAGACAAGUGUCUGGACCUGAGGGGAUCAAUGGUCCGUUGAAGGAGGGCGAAAGUGAGGAGGAGGACGCAGAUGGAGAUGAGGAUCAGUCUGAUAGCGCGAGCGAGGACGAGGACGAGGAUAGUGGAGAUGAACAGUCUAUCUCGCAGCAGGAUAACGUCAAAGAUGUGGAUACGAGCUCUGGGACUUCGAUCAGUGUUCCUUCCGGUGAUGUUCUGAGACAUUUCCUGACUAAACCACAGUCCCCUCGAGCACAAAGACGGGCGAGCCAACUUGCGGCUAACAUGCGUUCGUCGGUCAAUAUUUUGGAUGAAGAUGGAGAAUUGGACGAGGAUGAGGAUGAAAGUGACGAUGUCGAUUCUCAGAAGAAACCGCCACAGAGUGGUGAGCAUAAACGGGGAGAUGAAGAUAGUUCAAUCGAGGAAUUUGGCGAGGCUGAAGAUGGCGCGUCAACAAAUGACUCGGAGAUCGAGCCCGUGACACAACCACCUCAAAUCGCAAUCACUGCCGUUGAUGACGAGGUCGACCCCUCUGAGGCUUCAUCCGAUGGGGACGGUGAGUCCUCCGAAAGAAAGAACACGACCGAAGUCGUCGAGACAGUUGCGGAGGAUGGUGAAUUUGACGAUGAUGAGGAUGAAAAUGAAAAUUCCGAUGUUCCAGGAGUCGACGAUGGAGUAGAAGAUGGGGAGUUCGACGAAGACGGGUCCGAAGAGGAUGUGUUACAGGAUGAACCAUCAAUACGUUCCAUUAAAUCAUUCGCUGAACUCAAUCAACCCAGUCCCUCUGUGGAGAACUUUGGCGGUCAUAUUGCUCUUAUGAACGCUAUCGAUGAAGAGGCGACUGCCGAUACGGUUCUUCCCCCCGCCUCGGCCGGCGGCAACGACGUAAUCGUCGAAAGUCAGAACGAACCUUCUGCAGAGCUUAGACCUACCCAACUGGUUCCUACUGGUCUGCCCUCUCCCCCUUCUUCAGAUCACGAUCAAGAUCCUCCGAGAGUCCCACCGCCAAAACCUCCUCCACGUGCUCAACGCAGUCGGACGUCGAAGGAGGUUGUGAACACCUCACAGAGUAGUCUGGCUCCACCAGCCGAGAUCUCUACUCAAAGACGGCAAACUCGAUCUACCUCAAAAGAAGUAUCUACACAACGUGUCACACGAUCAAUGUCUAGAGAACCAUCGCUUCCCGUCUCCCCUCGAACACUCAGGACACCCAAGCGUGUCAUCACCGACACUGUAGUGGUGGACAAGACGACAGGGGGCAUGACAAGUGAUGUCAGUGAUACUGUUGGUCGCCGACGAACAAACAGAAAAUCCACUCAGCCCGAACCUAAAUCAUCUUCUCAUCCUCCAGAAUCACCAAUCACACUUGUACCUCCUUCAUCACUUCCUCAUCCCAUGAAUGUUCCGAACACACUUUCUGAUCCUGUGGAUAUACCCACUUCCAGCUCACUCAAUUCGGAUACACCAAAAUCUCGUCCGGUGAAGGGACGGGCAAAAAAGAAUGAUGGAUUAUUCAUGACGCAAAGUCAACCCGCUGCUACUCAAAUGUUCUCUGGAAGUUUACCUAACACUCAAGUACAAAAAAGUCAAUCACAAAGUCCUGAUGUUUCUUCUGGUCGAUCCGUUCUCAAUCGUCGAUCAAAAACAAGUAUACGACAUACAUCUCCUAUAGUGGAAGAAGACGAAGAAGACUCUUUACCUUCACAAAGUGUUAAAACUCCUAUUGCAACUCUUUCUCAAUCAAAACCUCCCACGUCGUCAUCAGACCCUCUUUCAAAUAAGAAGAUCAAUGUCAAAUUGGAUGGAAUAGUAAAUGGGAUAAAGUCACAUAUUGAUGGCCCCGAUACAUCAAGUGAAUCUGAAUCCCCAAUACCAAUUCUUCCACCACGUCGAACGAACCGUUCAGCGGCAUCUCAACCUAUCAUCUCUAUCCCUUCUUUGUCUUCUUUAUCCAAAGAACAUCUACGUAUUCGUUCUACUAGGAAUACCAACCAAAGUGUUAGUCAACCCAUACCGAAGAAAGCUGAGAUGGAAGAAAGUAGUUCCGAAGAGGAAAGCAGUUCCGACGAAGAGUCGAUCGUGAAGGAGAAUCUGAAAGGAAGGUUCGCAAAUGGGAGUAUGAAGAAACGUAAAGUUAAUCAGAGGGUGGUGAAGGGUUGGUAA